GCCAAAACAAACCUCACCAAAUUACUUGUCCUCCCAAGACCCCUCCCCAGCGACUCAAGAACCCGCUCGAAUGACGGUGAUCCCGGCUCCACCGCCGCCGUCGAUCUUCGCCGUCGCGGCAUCCCCCGGCCGCCCCCGCCCCGCCCCCUCCUACGUCGCCGCUCCGCCGCCCCUCUGCCUGUUUUCCGGCCACCGCCUCCUCUCCCCCCUCCGCCUUGCCGUCUCUUCCCGCCUCCACUUCUCCAAGCCCUCCUCCGGCGCCAACGGGUCUCUCGAGGGCUCGUCGUCGUCCUCCUCCUCCGGAAGCGGCGGCGAGCUCCACCCCGCCCUCCCCCCGCCACCGCGAUCCGGUCAGGGCGCGCGGGUGUUCGUCACGCUCCCGCUCGACGCCGUGGGGACCUCGGGGCAGAUGGCGCGCAAGAAGGCGAUGAGGGCGUCCUUCAUGGCGCUUUCGGCGGCCGGCGUGGAGGGGAUCGCGGUGGAGUGCUGGUGGGGGAUCGUGGAGAGGGAGGCGCCGGGGGUGUACGACUGGGGCGGGUACAUGGAUUUGGUCAUGUUGGCGCAGCGCUGCGGCCUCAAGGUGCGAGCGAUCAUGGCUUUUCACCAGUGGGGGACGGGCCCCGGCGACCCUGGCUGGAUACCUCUCCCGAGAUGGGUACUUGAAGAAAUGGACAAGGAGCCAAAUUUGGCUUUUGCCGACAGGUUUGGCAGAAGGAAUAAGGAGUACAUCUCUUUGGGAUGUGAUGUUUUUCCUGUUCUAAGGGGACGAUCUCCAAUCCAGGCUUAUUCAGAUUUUAUGAGGAGUUUCAGGGAUACAUUCAGGGACUUCUUACGAGUUGUAAUAACAGAAAUUCAAGUUGGUAUGGGCCCUGCUGGUGAACUUAGGUAUCCUUCUUGCCCAUCUGAGAAGUUAAUUCGGGCAAGGGCUGCAGCCGAGCUAGGAGAAUUUCAGUGUUAUGAUAAGUAUAUGCUGGCAUCACUAAGCGCUUGUGCUCAAAAAGUUGGCAUGGAUGAGUGGGGAUAUGGUGGCCCUAUUGGUGCGAGUAACUUCCCACAGAACCCCGAGGAAACAGCUUUCUUCAAAAGUGAUGGUUCUUGGAACACCCCUUAUGGACAGUUUUUUCUUGAAUGGUACUCAGGGUUGCUUCUUCUUCAUGGAGAGAGGUUGUGCAUGGUGGCUGAUGUAAUUUUUUUGGGCACUGGUGUUCAGAUCUCUGCAAAAGUUGCUGGCAUACACUGGCACUACAGCACAAACUCACAUCCAUCCGAGCUAACUGCUGGUUAUUACAAUACCCUUAUUCGAGAUGGCUAUCUCCCAAUAGCCCGCAUGUUCAGUCGGUACAGAAUGACGCUGUGCUGUAUGUGCUUCGAUAUGCGAGACUCAGAGGAAAGUAGCAAUCCAAGGAGUAGCCCAGAAGGAUUUCUCAGGAAGCUUAUAUAUACUGCUAGGAUGUGUAAACUGCCCCUUACUGGUGAAAACUCUUUUGCUAGGUUGGAUGAGGCAUCUCUGGAUCAGGUUGUAAAGAACUCCAAGCUUUACUACGGUGGUGUUUAUGAGGCCUCAUUAUCUUUUAACUAUGUCAGAAUGAAUAGAAAUCUCUUCGACUCUCAUAAUUGGAACCGCUUUACCAGAUUCGUGAAGCGGAUGUCAGAUAUCCAAACCUUUCGGGCCAGAUUAGAUCUCCGAGGAACUGAAUCUUUUCUCUCUUCUACUUCUUUUGCUGAGGAUGUUGGACGAGCUUUGGUGUGUCACUGAUAAGCUCUUUCCUAGCAACUUUGAUUUUCUCUUUUAAUUUUUGUGAACACAACCGAAACGUGGAAUCAAGUACACAAGUGGACAAUUUGUGGCACCUUUUUUGUUGCCAAAAAGACAAUAAUGUCUGUGCUGCCUCCUCCCAUGUGUGUGUCCGUAGGUUUCAUGUAUAUUCCAAUCCAUCCAAUUCAUGGUUUGGUUCUUUUUUUUUCUCUUUUGACCCUUUGUUCUACUGGAACCAGACUUUGGAAGUUCGAAGUUUUCAAUACACAAGAACUGCUUUUUCA